AAUGUCGUCAAUGCGAAGCGAGUUGGCGGAUGCGUGGAACGAGUGGGUACAAGCGAACCACCCGGAAGACAACGCGUCGGACUGGGUUGCAACGGUGUCCGAACAGUUUUCCGAGUCGACGCUGAGCGCGGCGGAGGCGGAGCGGACCGACCCGGAAACGUGGGACUAUGUUUGGAGGACUGUGUUUGCAAGCACGCCCGUUCUGGUGCCCAAGGUCGAGUUGCGGGUGCGUGACUUUCUCGACGGGCUGGUGGCGCGGCCGGCCUCCCGGUCGCUGCCGGAGCCGGACCAGGCGCUGUUUUCGAUCGCCCACGGUGUGGUCAAGGUUAGCCACAGGGUCGUGCCGGCCGCUGCUGGUGCUGCUUUUGGGCGGCCGACCAUUGCUUCGCUGCUGGACGAGCUCAGCAACACACCCGACGAAGUCCUCAACGACGUACUCGGCGUGUCGUUUGCGGGAUGUGUGAUCGGCGAUGCCGAUGUGUGUGCGUUUGCGAAGGGGGCGCUCGGGUCAAAUGGCGGCGUGACGCUGUUCCCGGCGCUGGUCGAAGUGGACCUGCGCAACACGCGUGUGCAUGGCUAUGAGCUCGUCAUCGGCGCACAGCUGAAGAGCAUUGUGCUCGAGCUGCUGUGCAAGGGUAUCCGCGUCGUGGUCGCUCUCACGCCCUUUGCGUCAUCCGACUCGAAGAUGUUCUUCACCGACACGACGGCACUGACCAACGACCUACUCGCCUUGCUCAUUUUUGUGCCGCAGCAGUGGCUCAAGGCCGGGCACUGGAAGGCGCUGUUUCCCGACGACAAUCAGUCUCGCAUCGCCAUUGUCGAACUUGCGCACCGCUCGUACUACCUCGAUGUUGUGCCUGGGCCGGUCAUUGGUCCCCCCGUCGCCUUCAACUGUCCUGCCUUUCCCAUGGCCGCACGUGGGGACGGGCUCAAGUUUGUUGUUGCCUUUGUUGGCUGCAGCCCUGCUCUCCGCCCCGCGUUUAGCCGUGCGCACAGCGUCGAGUCGUGCGCGGUGCUCAGCGUUGACUGCUCCAUCUCAGUUGGACCUGCGUUCUACUCGACGACCGGCGCCACCGCCAUCGUAUUCUUUGAAGGUGUGACCAACCCGCUUGUGGCCGCGGCCACGCUGGCCUUCGCCAUCACUCACUCGGAGCUUGUUUUCGGGACUGGGGAGGUCGCGUUUGCCUUUUACGACGUCCGCCGCGCACGCCGCGCGAGCGCUGCGUCGGACGAAUCGGCUGACGGCGCCGCCUCGUCAUCGUCCGCCUCAAACUGAUCUGAUCAACAACACGCGCCCUGCAUUCACUGCAUCCGAGUGUGUCGGAGAGUUGGUCGAGGCCGGCGUACAGUUGGUGG